AGACUGUUUCAAUGUAGUCACUAUAAGGUAGAGCGACUUUCAACUCUUAUUUUUUUUGGUAGGGAUAAGAUAUCGUGUAUUUUAUUUACAAAAGAAAGUCUAGAAAAAUAAGUAGUGACAAAUACCAACAUAAAAGACAAGUUCGACGAGUAGAAAACUUCAAGAUGGCUGAACAUAAAGACUUGGAUUUUAAUCGAAGUGCUUUAACAAUUCGCUCUGAUAGAGUUAGGAAAAAAGUUUGGUACACCGGUCAACGAGCUGAAAAAAUUCCAUGUGGUUUAUUCGGAAUUGUUGGAUGUAAUUGUGUUGGUUUGGAUUUAUCCUACAAUGAAUUGAAAUCAGUUUCAGCUGUCAAGAAUUUUAUACAACUUGAAGAACUAAUAUUGGAUAAUAAUGAUCUCAAGGAUUUAAAAUCACUUCCAACAAUGCCUCACCUUUCUACACUGAGUUUAAACAAUAAUAAGUUUACAGAUAUUUAUAGUGUUUUGCAAAAAAUAAGAGAUUGUUGUCCAAAAAUUGGAUAUGUGAGCUUACUUGGAAAUCCUGGUUGUCCUGAUCAAUUGACGGAUCCAACAUUAAAUGAUGAUGAUGAUUAUGAACGUUAUCGAUUGUAUGCAAUUUAUACAUUGCCACGGACUCUUCGAUUUUUGGAUUCACGAUCCGUGUCUUUUCAGGAGAGAAUUGAAGCUCAAAAUCGGGGACAGUAUUUAAAAACCGUCAAAGUCCCAGAACGAUCGAAUUCACCAAAUUGUUUUGAAACACCAACAGUUGGUGAAUUUGAUGAAGCUACUUUUAACGUUAAUUACACGCCCUUACCACGUACAACACGUGGUCCAUACGAUCACAAAGGAGCAUAUGGAAAAUGUAGGUAUCGUUACUCAGGUAAAAAUUCCGAAGGUAAUCGAUUCAUUUCUAACAGUGAUUUGUAAAAUAUUUUAAAAACAAUUGUAUUUGUUUUUUAAUCUCAAGUAGCAAGUAUUUAUAAUUACGCAUAAUUUUACUUGCAUUUUAAUAUAAAAAACGAUCAAUUAAUAUAUUCCUAACAAAUAACUAUAUAGAUUUACUAAAAGUUUUCUAUAAUAUUAUAAUUGAUUUAUUAAGAGAUUUAUAUUUAACAAAAAAAAAAUAAUAAUCGAAAUUUUAAAAAAAUUGAAUUAAAAAUUCAAUUGAAAAAUUAGAAAAUGAAACUACCAACCGAAUUAUUAAUAGACUGAUAAUAUAUGAAUUGUUGAAAGACUGAAAAGUCCAUCGCUGUGUGAAGGUACAAAAGAUUUUAUUUUUUUCAUUGUACAUCGACAAAAUGGAAUAUAAAUAAACAAUCUUAUUCCAUCCUUUUUUUUAUACAAUAAUAAAGGAAUGUAUAGUACUAUAGAGCCGUGAGCAUUCACGAUUUGGUACCAGAUAACAAACAACAAUUCCAAUUGAGCGUACGACGUAUAUUUUUUUUUCUCAAUUAAUAAUAUAUUCGAUAAAAGUCGUACAGCAUGCAAUAAUAAAGAAUAACUUGGAAAUAUCAAUAAAAUUGAUACGCAUAAAAAUUCA